AUUUUUUGAGUCCCAUGCGCCAUCUGUUUUGUUCGAUGUUCGAUAUUCGAUAACCAUGUCCUCAACUCGACGACAACAACAACAGCAACGGCGAUAAAAAGCCACCGUCGUCAACCAUAUAUAUACAUCUCAAUAUAUCAUCACGCUGUGUUGCUUGUUUGCGCGCUCCACUACCUGGACAUAAAACGACCUGGUGCCGUGAGGACCUUUUCGCUGGCCGAGGUUUCUCAAACACCACCACGAUACGAGACUUUGCUGUAUUUAAUGUCUCUGGCUUCUCUUGUUUUUCCUGUUCUCUGGCUCGUUCGCUCGUUUCUUCGUCACCGCGCAUCCCUAGACGCCGUCAGCCAUCAUGGGUAACCCGGCGCAUCGCAAAAUCAAGCAACGCGAGGGUGCCACUUCGACCUCGGCAACUCCCAACGGCGCCAGCGACAACAACGAAAGUCCAACAUCAUCAUCAUCGUCAUCCGAUCCCAUGAUGCGCCGGCAGUCUCCCGCACGGCGCACUCUGUCGCGCAUCUCGACCACCUCCAGCUUGCCGUACAAGGUGUACAAACGGCGGUUUUUUGGCCUGGCGCAACUCGCGCUCCUCAACAUUGUCGUGUCGUGGGACUGGAUCGCGUUUGCGCCCGUCUCGUCGACGUCGGCGCAGUACUUCAACACGUCCGAGACCAACAUCAACUGGGUGUCGACGGCGUUCCUGUUUGCGUUUUGCGUCACCACGCCCGCCACGUUUUGGGUGCUGCACAAACACGGGCCCAAAGCCGCCAUCGUCACCUCCGCGGCGUUGCUGCUCGUGGGCAACUGGGUCAAAUACGGUGCGACCCGGGCCAACAACUUUGCCGGCGUCAUGGUCGGGCAGUUGAUCAUCGGGUUCGCGCAACCCUUUGUGCUAGCCUCGCCCACCUCCUACAGCAACCUCUGGUUCAGCGCGGCGGGACGCACGACUGCCACUGCUCUCGCGUCCCUCGCCAACCCGUUUGGCGCCGCGCUCGGUCAACUCAUCUCGCCCUUUUGGGCCCACAAGCCGUCCGACAUCCCCAACAUGGUUUUGUACAUCAGCAUCAUCUCGUCGGUGGCGUGCGUGCCGGCCUUUUUCAUCCCCGCGAAACCACCAACGCCGCCUUCGGCGGGCAGCAACACCGACCACAUGGACCGCGCGUCUCUCACGCAUGACCUGAAGACACUCGUCCACAGCGUCGAGUUCUACCUCAUGUUUAUUCCGUUCAUUGUGUAUGUCGGCUUCUUCAACGCCUUUUCCAGCCUCCUCAAUCAGAUCCUAGAGCCGUACGGGUUCAGCGAGACGGACGCCGGGAUCGCAGGCGCCAUUCUCAUCGUCGUUGGUCUCGUGUGCGCCGCCGUCUCGUCGCCCAUCAUCGACCGCUACAAGUUUUACCUGUGGUACAUCCGAUGCGCCGUCCCGUUUUUGGCUGUGGGGUAUUUGAUCAUCAUCUGGGCCCCGCAGACGCACUCGUUGGCCUACGUCGACGUGGUCUGCGCGAUUUUGGGGGCUGCCAGCUUCGGUCUGGUGCCCGUCGUGCUCGAGUUCCUCGUCGAGACGCACUACCCUCUCGGUCCCGAGCUGGGGAGCAGUCUUUGCUGGUGCGGCGGGCAAAUCUUGGGAGGCAUCUUCAUUGUCAUUAUGAACGCGUGCAAGGACGACAGUAAAGGCGCGAGUCCGCCUUCCAACAUGAAGCGUGCAUUGAUCUUCCAGGCGGUGCUAGCAAUCGCCGUCACUCCCUUGCCUUUGUGUCUGGGUCUGUUUGGACGUCGUGCGAGGGUGAGGAGGUUGAGGUGGGAAGCUGAUCAAAAUCCCGAAGGUGGUGGUCACGUCGAGCAGAUUGUCUCGGUGCAAGAGGGGGAUGAACAACCUCAGCAUGUCGAGGUCGAACCGACCAUGCCGGCGAGGGGUGUAUGACAUGAUAUGAUAUUUGUGACGUGACACACUUGUCACCGCCUUUUGCUGUUGGGACACGGUCAACGUAUGACAGAAUGAGCGGAAAGAGAUUGGAGAGGACGAUAGGUAUUUCGCACAUCCACCUCUGCAUUACGCACAAGGCUACCUGAAUAAUUUAGUCCGAUUUACUGUCCUUGUUAGUGUUUUGGUCCUCGUCAUCCUCACUGUCCUUAAGAAUGUCUCUUGACUUACCCGCAUGUGGUCGGUUACCAUUCAACUCAUAUUGAAACCAAAGGAAUGGGACGAGAGGUUAGGAGGGGACAUCACUGAUAUUUACCUGGUAAGGUAGCCUCGAGAGUGAUGCAGAGGUUGGUGUGCGUUGCGUGGCACCUAUCGCCAUUGCAUAGGUAUAUGUACAUGCCUUGACUAGGUAAGUGAACAUCACAACGAGUGUUUUGUGCCAGCACCGUUACUGUCACGUGGUUGCCCCGGAAGAAUUGACAAUGAUGUACGGAGUAAGUCACUCGCUGUUUCCUCCGAGCCAUCUGGAAAGGUACGAUUCGCAAGCCUAACAAGCACGAACACGAACGGCGUCACGAACACCACCAUAAGACUACCACCAGCGCCAUGUGCAUGCUCAACUCCGAUCCACGUUUUCCUUUUCCGGACGGGUCGACCCUGCACAGCAACGGGGAGUCGACCAAUAUAACCGAGAAUGGGUGGACGAUCACGCACAAUUUUGAAGAAAAGGAACGAGGAUCAGACCAAGGUGGAGGACAACAACUGCAUGACGGUGAUGAUGCCCGACAUGCCUACGAGUACGUCCGGUAUCGCGACGAUGGUCGAUAUUGUCCUGACCCAACAAUCUGUUCCAACGAUGAACGCCCACGGCCUUGAGGUGGCUCUUUUAUUACCUGGAAGGUCAGCUUGCCAAUGGCAUUGUAGAAGAGAAGGUAGAUAGGAAAUAGAUAUUAUCC